CGGAACAAGGGAAGCCCAUUCCCAGUCUCAAUCUAUCAUUGUGGCUCAUCACGGCUGCAAAAACAGCCCGAAAUACGGCCCAACACAGGAAGGCCAACUGCAGUCGGGCGGGAUGUGAACGAACCAAUCACCUACGACAAGCACAUGAAGCGUUUGUUAAAUAUGUUCCGCUGUCUUUCCGGGUCGGCUGGGCACCUUGCUGGCACAGUCUCUAUAUGGCCAAAAAAAACCUCUUGUCUUACAAAUACCCAAUUUCAUCUCUCUCUCGCUCUCUCUUUCUCCUCUUCUCUCCUUUUCUCUCUUUUCCCUCUCCAACACUCGUUGCCAACCUACCGAAGGUAGUCAGCUUUUCUUUUCCAGUGUCAUCUUUCUCGGCCUAUUUGCCCGGCCUGCCUCUGUCUCUUGGGCUUUACAGGCCUCUCUCAUCGUUACGCAAUGGUGGCUUUCGAGAGUGAGGUCCUGAGCAAGCUAUGCUCCCAGGAUCAGCUCGAACUGCUUGACGCCAUCGAUCAGCUUCGCUUACAGGGGAUCAAUAACUAUAUUUCCCUUCCUCAAAUCAUCGUGUGUGGAGAUCAAUCUUCAGGCAAAAGCUCCGUGCUACAGGCCAUCUCGGGGGUGUCGUUCCCAGUCAAUGGAAACCUCUGCACUCGCUUUCCUACCGAGUUAGUUUUGCGCCGGACACCCCACGUAAGCGCCAAAAUAUCUAUCGUCCCAAGCGACUCUCGGACCGAAUCUGAACAGGCUUCGCUGCGUGGAUUCCAGGAACAGCUAGACGACUUUGCGGGUCUCCCCAAGCUGAUCGACGAGGCUAAGCUUGCGAUGGGCAUUUCAACACAUGGUAAAGCCUUCGCCAAAGACAUCCUCAGGGUUGAAAUCACAGGUCCUGACCGUCCGCACCUCACCAUCGUUGAUCUGCCCGGUCUCAUUCACUCUCCGACAAGACAGCAGUCGGCCUCCGAUGUUGAGCUUAUCCAAGAAGUUGUGCAGGGCUAUAUGAAAGAGCCCAGGUGCAUCAUCUUGGCUGUCGUCUCUGCCAAGAAUGACUUUGCCAACCAGGUGGUCCUCAAGCUGGCGCGUGCCGUGGACAGCAUUGGUAGUCGGACAUUGGGGGUCAUCACAAAGCCCGAUGACUUGACCCCAGGAUCUGACCGUGAAGCUCUUUAUCUAUCUCUCGCAAGAAACCAGCAAUUCGAGUUUCGCCUUGGCUGGCACGUACUGAAGAAUAUGGAUUCUGAGAAAGGCACUUCAACUCUGGGUGAGCGUGAUGCAAACGAAGCAGAGUUCUUCCGCAAAGGUUCCUGGACCGGGUUGCUUUUUUCUCAUCUCGGCAUUUCCAACUUGAGGACUCGUCUAAGCAAGGUUCUUCUGGGACAGAUUGCAGCUGAACUCCCGAGCUUGCUGAGCGAGAUUGACGAAAAGUUCAAAGCCUGUCAACUUCAGCUCCAAACGCUCGGCCAACCCAGAGAUUCGCCUGACAAACAAAGACGGUACCUCCUUCACCUAAGCCAGGCGUUCCAGGCUUUAGUUACGGCUUCAACGAGCGGCAGUUAUAACGACGAGUUCUUCGAGGACGCAAUGACAGCGGUUGGAUAUAAACAGCGCAUCCGAGCUGUCAUCCAGAACCUCAAUGAAGCGUUCGCCGAGGAGUUGGCAAAGGCGGGGCAUUUUCGGGCCAUUGGGGAUUUUGAGUCAACAUCAAACCUCGGGGCUUCGCUCAAACCACAGCAGGUGACGAGGGAUGAAUUUUUGAACCACAUUGAGGAGGUGAUUCGGAGGACCCGUGGACGGGAGCUGCUGGGCACGUUCAACCCACUAGUUAUUGUGACGCUUUUUCAUGAGCAAUCUCAGCACUGGGAACAGAUUGCUCGCCAGCAUGUCGAGAAGAUGUGGCGAGCUGCUGGUCGCUUUCUGGAGUUGGUCAUCGAUCACAUUGCAGACCGCUCAACCUCUCGUGGGUUGAAGAACGAGAUCUCUGGGCCUGCCAUGCAAAGAAUCAGGAGGGAGGUAGCCGACAAGACCGCCGAGCUGGUUGCUCCGCAUCAAAAGGGUCAUCCCAUCACAUACAACCAUUAUUUCACCGAAACGCUCCAGAAGGUCCGGCGCGAGAGGGACUCCAAGAGGACAGAGAGAAUUCUCCGUAACUUCUUCCAGAUUUCUGACACAAAUGAUUUAACCAACGUGCGGAUUGGGCAUCCUGGCUCCAGCCAUGUUGCUGCGUGGGAUAUUCCAAAAUUGGUUACGUCCCUUGCCGACACCAACGAGCCAGAUAUGUGCCGCUUUGCAGCCAACGAAGCUUUGGACUGCCUGAACGCCUACUAUAAGGUUGCCUUGAAACGUUUCGUUGAUAAUGUUGCUGUUGAGGUCAUUGAGACAAAGCUCAUCUCUGUUUUGCACGACAUUCUUUCCCCACUCGGCGUGUAUGAGAUGUCAGCCACGCUGAUUUCUCGCAUCGCGGGAGAGUCCGAAGAGAAUCGCGCCGAACGUGAACAGCUUACCAAACAGCUUGAUGUCCUGCGAAACGGUCUUGAGACUUGCAAGAGGUUCGCGGGGUUUCGAGCCAGUGGUGACUCAGUUUUUGUGUCUAUCAAGACAGCUGGCAAUUCCCCUAUGACUGGCGACUUCGAUAGCGACAAGGAAUCUCUAGUGAAGAUAGAAGAAACCGAUGCACAGCGAGAACAGGAAACAUCUUCUGUUUAGGUCACCACCCAUCUUGCUAGAAGAGCCAGAACCGGGACCGGAAGUAGAGCCUGAGCCGGAGCCGGAGUCGGAGC